CUCUCUCUCUAUCUCUCUCAUUUUUGUUUUAUUUUUAUAUUUUUUUAGUCCAUUGCUUCCCUUCACAUGUCUAUCUGCUUCUGCUCCUCUUCACAUGUCCGAAGUCCGAAGAAACAGCAGUUCCUCCACACCCAACUGCCAUGUCCUUCUUCUUCUUCCUCGCUCUCCCUCUUCUCCUCUCUUCUCCUCCUCCCCUUAACUCGUAUCCCUACGACACCUCCUAUCGAAUUGACUGCGGCGGCCAAACCAACUUCACCAACAGGUUCAACGAGACAUGGCUCUCCGACCGUUUCUUCACCGGCGGCUCAACUUCCCCCGUCGCCGAAACUCAUCUCUUCCAGCAGCAACAAGAGCAGACCCUUCGGUUCUUCCCCAUCUCAUUCGGCAAGAAGAAUUGCUACAUCGUCAAUGUCCCCACCGGCCGCUACUACAUCCGUACUUUCACCGUUUACGAUAACUACGACGGCAAGCUGCAUUCCCCCAGCUUCGAUGUCUCCGUCGAGGGGACCCUUGUGUUCAGCUGGCGGUCGCCGUGGGGGGACGAUGUGAGCCGGACCGGGGCUUACUCUGAUCUGUUUGCCUUCGUCAAGGACGGCGAAGCGGAUAUCUGUUUUUACAGCAUUGCCACUGAUCCUCCGGUGAUUGGAUCGCUUGAGGUUGUUCAAAUCGAUCCCUUGUCCUACGAUUCUUCGACCACCGGCAAUAAUCUUAUUCUGAUCAACUACGGGCGGUUGACUUGUGGUUCUGAUCUGCUGGGAGCGGGGUUUACCAAUGACACGGAUUUGUUCGGGCGUGCUUGGCAAUCUGAUGCGGAAUUCCGCACAGGAAACUUGAAUUCAGUUAAGGUUAUUCAAACGAGGAGAAAUGUGCUUGGGACGAACCAACGGCCUAAUUACUUCCCUAUGCAUCUGUACCAGACGGCGGUUACAGUUGUGGGUGGUGGAGCAUUGGAGUAUGAACUGUCUGUUGAUGCCAAAUUGGAUUACUUGGUUUGGUUCCAUUUUGCAGAGAUUGAUACGAGUGUCACUGCGGCAGGGCAGCGUGUUUUUGAUGUGUUCAUCAAUCAGAGGAAUGUGAGUAGGAUUGAUAUCUUUAAGCAUGUUGGGAGUUUUGCCGCUUUCAAUUGGCAUUAUAUUGUGAAGAACUUGAACACUACGUAUUUGAGAGUGAAGCUUGUUCCUGUUGUUGGUUCUCCGUUGAUAAGCGGUCUUGAGAAUUACGCCAUGGUUCCAAGGGAUCUUGCUACCGUUCCUGAGCAAGUGACUGCGAUGCGAGCAUUGAAGGAAUCACUGAAGGUUCCAGAUAGAAUGGGCUGGAAUGGGGAUCCAUGUGCUCCUUCUAAUUGGGAUGCUUGGGAAGGAGUUACUUGCCACCCUAACAAGGACAAGUCUGCCCUUGUGGUAUCUCAAAUAGAUCUUGGAAGUCAAGGCUUGAAAGGGUAUAUCAGUGAGCAGAUUGGCCUUUUGACGAAUUUAGUAAGCCUGAACUUGAGUUCUAAUUCUUUGGGAGGUACCAUACCUUCACAACUUGGUCAAAAAUCUCUUACACGACUGGAUUUGUCAAACAAUCUAUUAUCUGGUCCAAUACCAGAUGGCCUUUCUGCUUCAAGCCUGCAACUUGUGUUAUUAAAUGAUAAUCAAUUGGAAGGACAAGUACCAGAGGAACUUUACUCGAUUGGUGUACAUGGUGGAGCCAUUGAUCUCUCCCACAACAAAGGAUUGUGUGGUGUACCUUCUCUACCAUCAUGUCCUCUAUUUUGGGGAAAGGGAGGCUUGUCCACUGCUGGUAAAAUUGCAAUUGGUCUAUCCUGUCUAGCUGUUCUCGGCAUAUUAAUCCUGGUAAUUUAUGUAUGCUGCAUCAGGAGGGGAAGUAAUGAUUAUGACUUCGCUCUUCCUCAAGAUUUAAUUUCACUAUCAGCAAAGAGAAAUAGGUAUCAACGACAGAAAUCUUUGAUGCUUCUUGAAAUGGAGACGCAGAACGCCAAUGGAUUUCCAUCUUCAAAUUCCCGCUAACAGGCCUAUUGGAAGGAGGAUGACAUCAUCUUAAAAGCAGUUACCUGCACGCCCCACCAAGAUUUCACAUAAAGGGCAAUUUGAAUGCCAUGAUAUGCACUCUUAAACAAAAUAUGUGCCCACUGUUGAAGGAAGUUUGGUUUCAGAAAGGCAAGAUUCUUACACUUUAAUAGCGUUCAUGCUUUUGCUUUUCACAAGUUCUGUACUAUAGCUGGGGACCACUGUAAAUGCAAUGUAUGCCAUGCUACUGGGCAAUUGCCCGAGCUGUGCAUCAGAUGCUCCCAUGUACCAUACUAAAAUUUUGGCAAUUGGAUCAUCAUGGAAUGUUGAUUUAAAUUCAAGGAAUACAAAAGAUGCUGCACAGUA